AUGAACGAAGUGUACGGCUUUGCGCAGGAAGUGCGGCAGAAGUACGGCGGGCUGCUUUACCAGAAGUUCCAGGACAUUUUCCACUUGCUGCCGCUCUGCGUGGUGCUGGAGAAGCGCGUCUUCGUCGUCCACGGCGGCCUCUGCCGCAAAGACAACAUCACUCUCCACCACAUCGACAAACUCCACCGACAAAGGCCCUGUCCGGCUUCUCCGCACACAUUUGAAGACACUUUGAUGUUCGAUUUGCUGUGGUCGGACCCGCAGCCGGACCGCGGCCGCGGCUGGAGCACUCGGGGGGCGGAUUGCAUAGCUUUUGGCCCGGAUGUUACGGAUGCUUUCCUCACGAAGAACAACUUGGAGGUUUGCAUUCGCUCCCACCAGGUGCCGACGAACCUGCGGGGCUUCGAGCCCGUCCACGACGGGCGCUGCGUGACGCUCUUCUCCGCCUCGAACUACUGCGGGACCACCGGCAACUACGGAGGAGUUAUUAUCUUUGAGGCGAACUUGUCUUUUGAAAUUCAAGAGUACAUGGCGCCUUCGCUGCAGGAAAUCCAGCAGCUGCACCGCGAGACCUGCGCAGCCACGCAGAAGGUGCUGCUGCAGAAGAAGAUGAAGGAGCUGGAAACCCAGGCCAAGCGCGCCAACAGGCGCUCCGCAGCGGCCCGAAUGAGUCAGGAAAUAGUCCAGAAAAUGUGCAAAAUGGUCUGCGAAAAAAAGCAAGACCUUUGGUGGUGCUUCUUCAACAUGGACUCCGACGGCUCCGGCAAGAUCACCCCCGCACAAGAAGCCUGCUCAAUCGUGCUGGGCCAGGAGCUGCCGUGGGUAAAUAUAAUGAAGUGUUUGAAGGCAGUCAGCAAAGACGGACUCGUCCAUUACAACGACUUCUUAUAUCGCUACAAAGUGGACUUCAGGCCGCCCAUUUGCAAGCACUUGAACUGGCGGCAGGAAUGCGUGGCCCGGGUCUUCGAGUCCAUCAUGAGCGCUGACCUCAGCCUGAAAGAAACUCUGAUGCUUUUCGACCGAAACUGCGACGGCACAGUUUCUUUCCGCGAGUUCAACGAGCUCCUUUCGGACUUGGACAUAGGCCUCAGCGAGCCGCAAGUCCGGAUUCUGAUGCGCCUUAUUACGGCAAGUCCGGCCUUUAAUGCAGCAGCAGGCAGCAUCGACGUGGCGGAGUUCCUGGGGCGCUUCAAAGUGGUAUAUUCCAAUUCAAUUAAAGAAGACCCGCAGUCGAAGACCCCCUGGCUGAGCCGCGCGCUGCACUGCAUCGGCAAAGCCAUUUUGGCAGACAAAGCCGAAGCAGCUUCGAGGCAUUACGAGCAGCAGCAGCUGCAGGACGGAGGCCUUUUGGGGGAGGGAGGCAGCAGGCGGCGCAGCUCAGCAGUUCGCGCUGUGGCUCUUUUCCAGAAGUUCAAGGACUACAACGAGGGCGGCGACGGGUACUUGUCGUAUGAGGAUUUUGUCUCUGGCAUAAAACGACUAAAUAUCGACGAAGAGGAGUUGGGAUUUGCCCUCACAGAUGCACAUCUCUUUAGAGUUGCUGAGGCGAUUGACCUCACGGGGUCGAAGCGCAUAAACUACUUGGAGUUCCUGCAGGCCUUCCACGUGGUGGACAGCAGCUCUAACAACAAUCUUGCUGAAGAGCUGUGGGGCCAGAUCUGCACGACUCUGUUCCAGCACUCGAACAGCAUUCGGCGGGCGCUGCAUCAGUUCGACCCCGACUUGACCGGCAAAGUCGACUCCGAGGACUUCCGCGCUGCCCUCGUCACUCUCAACACUGUCCUCGCCAGAACGGAGGCUCCGCUGACUGAGGAGCAAAUAGACUUGUUGGUGAACUUCAUGGACUUGGACAGCGAAGGAAUGGUCGAAUAUGAAGAGUUUUUGGAUUCUUUUAUUCCAGUUGACAGCUACUGCAGCGGCCCCAGCGGCUUGCCGGUGCUGCCGGACUCGGGCGAGGAGGAGGCAGCAGCAGCAGCAGCAGCAGCAGCAGCAGCGGCGCCGCUGCCGAACGGCUGCAGCAGCAGCAGCAGCAGCAGCGGCGGCAGCGGCGCCGCUGCAGCGACACAGCCAGCCCCAGCCAGUAAGAACCUGCCCGCGGGGGCCCCCGAGAAACCUGUUGCUGCUGCUGCUUCUGCUGCUGCUGCUGCUGCUGCUGCUGCUGGCUCCGGAAAAAGCAGCAAACAAUCCAUGGAAGUGGAUGAUGGGGCCCGGCGGUUCGACUUCACCAGCCAACUGAGAGGCGCAGCUAAGGGGCAGCAGGCCCUUGAGCAGCUGCUGCCGAUUAAGGCCCUCCAGGGGCAAACAAUCUUCCGCAGCAAAAGGCCCCUGGCGAGUUCUGACCUGCAGCAGCAAAAAGCAAAAAGUGCUGCUGCUGCUGCUGCUGCUUCCGCGGGCUCUCCCUGCCAAACCUCUGCACCUCUGGGGAGGCGGCAGGCGCCGCAGCAGCAAGCAGCAGCAGCAGCAAGCAGCAGCAGCAAGCAGCAGCAGCAAGCAGCAGCAGCAGGCAGCCGCAACAAGCAGCAGCAGCAAGCAGCAGCAGCAAGCAGCAGCAGCAAGCAGCAGCAGCAAACAGCUGCAGCAAGCAGCAGCAACAAGCACAGGCAUCCGCGAGCAGCAGCAAGCAGCAGCAAACAGCAGCUGGCAGCAGCAGCGCGCAGCAGUGAACAGCAGCAGGCAUCGGCGAGCAGCAGCAAGCGCCCGCGAGCAGCAGCAAGCAGCAGCAAGCAGCAGCAAGCAGCAGCAGCAGCUGGGCGGUGCUGCUGCUGCUCUCACCAGCAGCACGAGGUGGGCCACAGUGCCGAGAGCAGCAGCAACAUCUGCUGCUAG